AUGAUGCCUUUUAAAAAUACUGCUGUCAGGUCCUUUUCUUCCAAGUCUUUUCGUUUAACCUAUUCUGCCAAUGCGACUCAAAACUGGCUGAAUCGAUUUAAUAAAUUGAAUUUUGAAACUGACAUAGAGUUUCGUAAGCAACUAGAUAAAUCAAGUGCAUUGGAAAAAGCUCUCAAAGCAAGUAAACCAAUCAACUCAUGGUCUAAGGAAGAAAUUAGAGAAAUCUAUGAUACGCCAUUAAUGGAAUUAGUUUUUCAGGCACAGAUUCAACAUAGAAAAUAUCAUAAUCCCACCGAAGUACAAUUAUGUACCUUACUUUCAAUCAAGACGGGAGGGUGUACCGAAGACUGUAAAUACUGUGCUCAGUCAUCUAGAUAUGAUACAGGAACGAAGGCUGAAAAAUUGAUAACAAUCGAAGAAGUCAUGAUGGCCGCCCGAAAGGCUAAAGAGAGAGGUUCAACAAGAUUCUGUAUGGGUGCUGCUUGGAGAGAUAUGACAGGCCGCAAGUCUGGUUUAAAGAAAAUUUCUGAAAUGGUUUCCAAGAUUAACUCUGAAUUGGGUAUGGAAACAUGUGUGACCCUCGGUAUGCUUGACUCCAGUCAGGCAAAAAAUCUAAAGGAGGCAGGCUUGACAGCUUAUAACCAUAAUAUAGACACUUCGAGGGAACAUUAUCCAAAUGUCAUUUCAACUCGGAGCUAUGAUGAUAGAUUAAAAACUAUACAAAACGUCCAAGAAGCUGGUAUAAGUGCUUGUACCGGAGGAAUUCUUGGUUUGGGUGAAACUGAAGAAGAUCACAUUAGUUUCUUGUACACUUUGUCCAACUUAGAGAAACAUCCAGAAUCAUUGCCAAUCAAUCGCCUUGUUCCUAUCAAAGGAACCCCGAUGGAGAAGGAGAUAUCUAGCUUACCAAUUUCUUCUGAGAGACGCUUGAAAUUUGAACAAAUUUUGAAAACCAUUGCUACCGCUCGGCUCAUUAUGCCAGGCUCAAUAAUUAGGUUAGCAGCAGGGCGCUAUACAAUGAAGGAUAAUGAGCAAUUUCUCUGUUUUAUGACUGGUUGUAAUGCUAUAUUUACCGGGGAAAAAAUGCUUACAACAAUGUGCAAUGGGUGGGAUGAAGACAUUGCGAUGCUAAAGAAAUGGGGCCUUAGCCCUAUGAAAAGUUUCUCAAAAAAGCCACUUUUUUCGGCGGAAGCUAGUACGGCUUGA